AUGGAAGUGUUUUUGGUAAUGUCAAUGUUUAUUUUAACUGUGAAUUCUGUGGCGAUUCGUGGACCUGAAUACACUAGAUAUGACCCGUGCAGUUUAGGCUUAAUAUACUUUGAAAAAUCAACCAAUACUUCGUGGCAAGGCGUUAUAAAUUUUAGCCUAUAUCCUAGUAUAAGUAAUGCUGCAAUCGAAAUCAGUUUUGAUAAACCUAUGACUAUUUAUGGGGCAUCCCACAACACUAUAAUUACGGCAACGAACGAUUGGAAGAAAUUUGUACUGAAACCGAGUGGCGAAUUACCGUCGAGAUAUGUAUUUCAUCUUGCAGAAAACAAUAAUGGAAAUAAUGUGCCUAUUGUCACACAAGUUAAACUCAACGAUUUAGUACUGUGUAAUGCUACGGUGAAGGAAGAUCAGACAAUACAAUCACUGAACGUAACCAAGUCAGAUGAUACUGUCCAGCGGCAAGUAUGCGGCAGACGUGCGCUUCAGAAUGCCGAACUGAAUUCUGUGAGGACAGACGUUAAGGCCGGGGACUGGCCCUGGCAUGUCGCUAUACUAAUUAUUGGUCCCUAUGAAAUGAAACAAGCGAUGUAUCAAUGCGGAGGCAACAUUAUUUCUAGAACUGCAGUUUUGACAGCUGGGCAUUGUAUAUUUUUAAAUAGGGUUCGAAUACCAGUAUCGCGAUUUGUAGUUGUAGCUGGAAUAGACAACUUGCUUGAUGCAUUUCAAGUUGGUCGACAAACAUUGCGUGCUGUAGAUAUUAUAAUCCAUCCAGCAUUUCAUUUGGAUCUGGCAACUGCUGAUUUAGCUGUCAUUCGUGUAAAUCAGUUUACAUAUACGGAAUAUGUUCAACCAAUAUGUAUAUGGGGUCCAUCAUAUAACAAGGAAACUCUCUACGGAGAAACCGCACUGAUAGCUGGCUUUGGAACGACGGAAGAAAAUAAGCUGUCGAACAAAUUGAGGUCAACAUACACUGUAGUGCAGAAUGAUACCACUUGCAUUGCAUAUUCACCUCAGUUGUACAUGAGUUUGUUGAACGAAUUCACUUUUUGCGCAGGUCUAAAUCCCGACUCAGGUACGAGUCCUCUUCAAGGUGACAGUGGAGGCGGAUUGGUAGUAGCCGUAAUGCAACCAGAUCACAAAGUUAGUUGGUUCCUACGUGGAGUGCUCUCAAAAUGCGGGGUACCAAAUGGAAAAACUUCGUGUGAUCCUACCUUCUAUGUAGUAUAUACAGACGUUGCACCACACUAUGGCUGGAUCUACCACAACAGCGGACUGAGCUAUUUGAGCAAUAUAGUCGAUUAA